UUGUGUGUGUGGUCGGAGGAAGACUUGAAGAAGAGCUAGAAGAGAGAAAAGAUGGAGAAUGAGAGGAAGAGGAAGAUGAAGGAGCGGUUCGGCCUGAGGCGGGACGUGUUGAAGGAGUUCCUGGCGGAGUUUCUGGGGAUCUUCGUCCUCAUACUCUUUGGUUGUGGUUCCGUGGCCCAGACGGUUCUCAGUAAAGGGGCUCUGGGGGAACCGCUAACCAUCCACGUGGGCUUCAGUCUGGGGGUCAUGAUGGCCGUCUACCUGGCCGGAGGAGUCUCAGGAGCCCACGUGAACCCGGCGGUGUCUCUGGCCAUGGUGGUCCUGGGGAAGCUUCCUCUGAAGAAGUUCCCCGUGUACGUUCUGGCUCAGUUCCUCGGGGCGUUCGCUGGAUCGUGUGCCGUCUACGGGCUUUAUUAUGACGCUCUGAUGGACUUCACUAAGGGAGAGUUAGCCGUUACUGGUGCUAACGCUACAGCCAACAUAUUUGCAUCUUAUCCUGCCAAACAUCUCUCCGUCCUGAAUGGAUUCGUUGAUCAGGUCAUAGCGACGGCCAUGUUGGUCCUGUGUAUCCUGGCGAUCACCGACAGGAGGAACCUGGGCGCUCCUCGCGGCGUGGAGCCGCUCUGCAUCGGGCUGGUCAUCCUGGCCAUCGGGGUCUCCAUGGGGCUGAACUGUGGGUACCCCAUCAACCCGGCCCGGGACCUCGGACCCCGACUCUUCACCGCCGUGGCCGGCUGGGGCACGGACGUCUUCAGGGCCGGGGGCUGCUGGUGGUGGGUCCCCGUGGCGGGGCCCAUGGUGGGCGGAGCCGUCGGAGCAGGAGUUUACUUCCUUUUCAUUGAGCUUCAUCACCCCGAACCCGAAAAACAGGAGGAGAACAACGUCCAGGACAAAUAUGAAAUGAUCACUAUGAGUUAAAGUUUAGAACGAAGCAACAACAGAGAUCAUUAUUCACCCUCAGAAGGCAAAAAAUGUUCAUCUAGCAGUUUUAUACAUUUGUACAAUAAAAAAUGUGGAGAAAAUUUAUAGUAAAUAGUAUGAAAGAGCACAUGCAUCUGAUUAUAAAUGUCAUUUUUAAAUGAUGCAUGAAUGUUUUAUGAAGCCUUUAAAGUCUCGUUUUGUAGAAAUUCUGGUCUAUUUUUGGGCUCCAGGUUUUAUCUGCUUGGGGAUCCUUCAUAUAUCAAAAACUUUCUUGAUAAACAUUAUUUUUAGACAUCAAGCUUUUCUUUUAAUGAAAUAAUUUCCUACAAUAAAGAGUUUCCUCUGUAUUGUAGCUAUGCAGUAUUCUAUUCUUCCUCUUCUUAGAAUUAUAUUUGCCAAGUUUCUGUACAGCGUUUCUUUUCUACUAUAACAAACAUUGAAUACAUUUAGUUGAUUUGAUGUGUAAAUGUAGUAAUAUAUGUGACUUUUAACCACAGUGAUGAUGUUUGAUGGAGUGACUUCUUAUUGUGUCUCACUUCACCUCUGCAUGUGUGUAAAAGUGUGAUUGAUCUUUAUCUUGUGGUGUUUACGACACAUUUAUGAGGAAAAUCCAGCCUUAAAUGAAUUUACUCGCUUGCUUUUUUACACAAACUUGUGUUAUAUUGCUGGAUUAGAUUGAGUCGUUAUGGGAACCCUUGCUUAUUGAAAAAAAGCCAUAAUUCUUUCUGCAAAUGUCACUAAAGCCCUUGAUGAAUCUGCUGUAUCUAUCAGGCCAAUAUGCAAACACAGACUGUUGUUGUUGUUGUUUACAUGAAAUACUCCUCGACGCUGAGAGAAAAUGUGAAAUAAAACAUUCAUUCUUUUCGUUCCAUCAUCAAACUUUUGCAAAAGGAAAAAAAAAUACUUGGAAAUUCUUUUAGUAAUUUCUUUUUUUUCUUAGUAAUCUGUGAAACCUGAAAUGUGAACUCACUAAAUGUCAACAGACUGUUUAUAGAAAAAUAAAUAUGUAACAUGGUGACAACAAGAUGCAUGAAUACCUGUAAAAGUGUCUAAAACCAGAUGAACACUUAAAAUAAUAAAUUAACUCUUAAAACAAGAUAAAUGAUCCAACACUUCUAAAUCCAAAGUUGUUUUUUUUAUCUUGGUAAGAACCAAAUAAUCAUCAGGUCACUCUGCUCGGGCCAGUUCAUCACUGCUGGCAGCUUUACUUUAUCUGGUUUAAGAGUUCAUUUAUUAUUCUAAGUGUUCAACAUGCUGAUUUCUAGAUUUAAUAAUCUUAAUUUAAUAAAUCUUGUCAAGGUAAAUUAUCUGUCCAUGCAGCAGAUUUACUGUUUGAUCUGGUUUUAAACACCUUUUUAUCAGUGUGUGUGUCAGUUAUACUGAACUUUUGUACAAACACGAACUGUGAUUAUAUUUCACUCAACGUCAUUUUACAACACGAGACAAUCACUGAAACUUCAUGUUGUUGUUUUGUUUUUGUGAAAAGGGAAAACACUGUGAAGGAAGUCAGAGGCACGAGAGAUAUUAUUCUGUGAGAUUAAUGUGUUUAAUUAAUGUGCGCGUUAAACAUUAUAAUAAUAAUUAUAUGAUAAUUAUUAAACAUUAUGAUAAACAUUAUAAAGCCUGUAGUGGCCUCCGUCUGAAUCACAAUAACUACCCAACGCAUGUUUGAGAUCUGAAUCUUCUAGUAUAUUUUGUUUCUCAUGUCGACACACGAUGAUGUCAUCUUCGGCCCUGAGUGGCAGCCUGCCAGGAAGUUACACCUUCACUAUGUUGUUGUUGUUGUUGUUUAUUUACUUUUUUUUAAGAUAGUAUCCUAAUUGUCUUUAUGUUUUCAUCAGUCUGAAUCUGCUGUUUUUCUUUCUUAUUCAGUGUAUGUUUAAUA